AUGUCAAUUGACCACGGUACCAGCGCGAACCAGGCUGGAAGUAAAGUUCAUUCGACGUUGGGAAACUUAGCCGCCGAGUUGCAGAAAAACGACCAUCACAAACAUUCAGUUCGCGCUGAAAUGAUGAAUAAAGAGAUUCUGCAGCGUUUGAGCCAUGCUACUGGGCUGAUUGAGGCGGAUUGCAAGAAAAGCAGCACCGCUGCCGACCCCGCGCCUAUUAGCCGCCUUGAUUGGGACGAGCUAUACGAAGUCUCGGCCAAUGUGAUGGAUCUUUAUACCAAAGAAGUGGAUACCUGUCUAGCUGAGCUCGACAGAUUCUACAGAAAACAAUAUUUGUGGCAAGAAGCGGCCUUCACUAUCGAUUCUCAUCGAGGUGCGGCCAGGAUCGGUCACGCAGAAACCUGGGUCGUGCACAAAGAAAUGCACCUGGAGUACAUGCGCCAAGAGCUCUCUUCAUCGGCUCGAGUUAUCAGGAGAACUCUAGAAGAGCUCUCUCGCAAAUAA